CCUCUUUCGCGUCUAAUUGAUAUUAUUAUUGAGAACUGCUCUGAGAAACAACCCCUCCACCAUUGCGAACCACACCACAUCGCAUCUACCCGACGACUCAUCUUGCCCGACCUCUGGGCUUCCUCCCAGUAUGGAGCCUCUUGCGAAACGCUUGCGCCGCCACAGUUCCCUCGAAGUCGACGAGAGUAACCCUGACUAUGUUCGCGAGAAGCGCAAAGCCGAGGCGAGGCUCAAGAGCCAGUUUGAGAGCAUUUUUGCGAAAUACGAGAACAUGCCGGAGUCUAUGAGUGAUGAGAUAGACAUGCAAACAGGCACGAUUGUUGUGGAUAGGGGGCAUCUUAGGAGUUUAGAGAACAAUGCGAAGGGUUGGAGAGCGGCGCAAUUUCUGGAUGACCUACUCCCUGGAGAUUCCGAACAGGGGGAAAGCAUCAUUGAGGAUUCUGAGGAUGAAUUGGCACCCCCGAUAUCUGCGAAGACCCCAAAAGCCAACAACGCUCGCAAAGAGAACGAAAGCCAUGAAGUUGCGGAAACAGACCCCACAGAGACAGAUACUUCGGCUCGAAUCACGGAAAAUACAACACCGUCUAUAUCGAAUCAAUCCACGCAGAUACCGACCUCGGUCAAUCCUUUUCAAGCCCUACCUUUCGCUCAAUUUCCACAAACACCCUUGAUUCAAAAUGCCCAAAAUACCUUUCUCGCAGGCCUCAACCAAGUAAUUUCACAAGCCGUUUCGCAAUACACAUCCCACGCCCUUUCCAACUACUUUAAAGACCCUACCGCUACCGCUUCCGCAGCCGUUCAAUCUACUGUAACGCCUGCUACUGAGCCCACUUGGUGGUUUCCAUCCCUUCCAAACCGGGCGCCGCAACGUGAGCUGCCCAGGUCCAGCCCGAUCAUUGCUGUUACAGAGACUCGUAAACGACGAGAGGGAUUCUCUAGGACCACACAGACUGGAACACUAAAGCGCCGGUCGCAUCCGCCUGUAGAAGUCCAUGAGGCAUCCAAGGAUACAGUCAACAGGGUGGAGGCCAGACAAGAUGAGAGCGAACAAUCAACCACACCCGUGGACACCAACUUAGAAGACUUUGAUCGUACCCCAAAGCAGGCUAAGAAAGGGAACUAUCGCUUGUAUAAGUUUACCGACGCCGAUGACGGUUAUAUUGCUAGGCAAAAGGAGCUCAAUCAAUCUUGGGCCCGGAUCCAGAUGGGGCGACCUUCAUUUCAAUGCCUUCCUCUCUGGUAUAUCCAACAACAUUACUACAAAGUUAUCAAACACAAGAAACCUACGACCUCUUCGAAUGCAUGGGAUGAUACUAUGGAUUCCCAUUUGGUCCAAGAGCCGGUAGAUGAACCGGAUGAUCAACUACCGCAACUUAAUGUGAAGCAACACCAACUUCUCACGCCAAAUUCUGUCCAGCAGGCUGAAGUCCACAUACACAGCGCCAUACACUCUGGCGAAGGGGAUACCAGUAGACACGCGACCCUGGACGAUGAAGUCAUGGAUCAAGAGGACUUGGAAUUGCUAUCAUUAGCGAACAACAGCCCACCACCGGAGAACUUCGAAAUUGAAGACAUCGAAUUGGCCCCUGAUGAAAUUGUACUUCCUUCGAUUGAGUUGGAAGCGUUGAUGAACGAUGAUCAUGAUGAAACAACGUCGUCUAUUAUUGCGUUCGAGGCGCAAGCUCAAAUCCUUAAUGAAGCCCUGAUAGAUCCAAAUGGCAAGGACGACUUGGCCGCCGACGAUAUGGCUACAGAUCAACGACUCCCAUCGGAAGUGAUAUUGGACGACGGUGUCCAGCCACCCAAUGACGGAACACCGGUUGCUUUGAACGACCUUGAUCAUCACGAGGUCGAAUCCUCGCCUAUACGAUCAAACGCAUGCGAAGGUUGCGGGAAAUCCUUCCGAAGCCUGGUCAUGUUGCAGAGGCACAAAAAGAAGCACAGCAAAUGCUGCAGAGACGUAGGUCCAGCGCGAAACGGAAUCGACGGCCUGGAACUACUUCCUCUCGAAACAGACAAACCAGAUGAACUAGAUGCACCUCACACACCGAUCGUUAAACGCGAACCCCUAUCACCCGGCUCAUCUUCCAUUUUCGCUGGACAUUUGUUCAGUACACCCAAAUCUGCACCUCAAUCCGUGCGCAAGUCAUCAGAGAAGAAGUCGUCAGCAAAGUUGGGGACUGCCGAAAGACUCAAGAUCCGGCAGUCAUGGGCAAAGGCUGGGCGGAAAUCUGGCGUACGGCCCCAGCGUAGCUUCCAAGUCUUACAGAAAAGGAAGUAUCGGGAGGAAACAGACGAACAGGACGAACUAGCAUAAUGUGGAGAUCGCUUCUUCCAAUGUUGCCCUGGUAGAGCUGCAAUUCUUCAUUACAUAGCGAAUUAAAUACCCA